GCGCAUUUAAAGAAACGCCGCUACGGCAACCAUAAUGAAAUCAGCCCCACAGCAUAACCCAGGCCUUCAUAAAUUCCCAGUCUUUUCCUUUCUUCUUCGAAUUUCUUUCUUCUUUCUUCUUUGUUCGUUCCUCUAAUGGGGCGCAUCACAGUUAUCAGGGACUUGAUAGGAGUCAUCAAAGACAAAGCUUCUCAAAGCAAAGCAGCUUUGCUUUCCAAUCCCAAAACCUUAUCUCUCCACCUUGCCUUGCUAAGAGCCACAACCCACGACCCCUUCACGCCACCAGACCCAAGGCACUUGGCCGCUCUACUUUCCUUCGGUCAUAGCUCACGCGCCAUCGCUGCCACCGCCAUCGAGGCCCUCAUGGACCGCCUCCAGACCACCCGUGAUGCCUCCGUUGCCAUCAAGUGUCUAUUCAUGAUUCAUCAUAUCAUCAAACGUGGCAGCUUUAUUCUUCAAGAUCAGCUCUCUGUUUUCCCUGCCACCGGUGGCAGAAACUACCUUAAACUUUCCAACUUCAGAGAUAAUACGACGCCGUUAACGUGGGAACUUUCGUCUUGGGUUAGAUGGUAUGCCUUAUACCUUGAAAGUCUGUUGUCAACAUCAAGGAUUUUGGGGUUCUUUCUAUGUUCAACUUCAAGCAGUGUAGACAAAGAUAAAGAAGAAGAGAAAGUAUCGUCCCUGAUAAACAGUGAGUUGAUUAGAGAGAUAAACUCUUUGGUGAAUUUGCUCGAACAAAUUUCCAAAAGGCCCGAUUCUUUACAUGCUAAUGGCAACAUAUUGGUGGAGGAGAUUCAGGGAUUGGUGGGUGAGGACUAUUUGUCAUCAAUCAACGAGGUUUCCAUCCGGGUCGGUGAGGUUAGGGAGAGACUGAGUAGUUUGAGCUUCGUUGACUCGGUUGAGUUGGUGUGUGCUUUGAAGAGAUUGGAAGAUUGUAAAGAGAGAUCGUUAGCACUUUCGCAAAGGAAGAAAGUGCUGAUAGAUACUGUUUGGGGUUCAAUAAGUGAAAUAAAGGAUCAAGUUGGGAGCAGUAAAGUGUACAGGGAAGAGGGGAGAUUGUUGACAAUGGGAAGCAGGAACAAGGUUAGCGAGUCAGCUCGGUUCGGGGAGCCAGUUCUGAAGCAUGGCGACUCAGUCAAGUUCUGUUCAGGGAGGUUUCCAAGCUUCAAUAAUCUUUCUUUCCGAAGUUACGAGUCGGUUGAACCACGUGCCUGACGGAGAUUGUAAAUUCUACUGUACAAACCAAUUUGAGAUUGUAUGUAUUCUACUUGCAAAUUAAGAAUCGGUUCUUCUCACUAA